AUGCUGCUUGACGCCGACUACUUCAACGACGACGCGACUCAUUCGCUGAAGGAAUUUUGGCGCCGGUUUAGGAUGAACAAGGAGCUGUUCUUGAAGAUUGUCCACGGUGUCAGGGAGUACGACAAGUACUUCACGGCCAAGCAAGAUUGCACAGGUUUGUGGAGCUUCACAUCAAUUCAGAAGUACACUACUACAAUGUCCUGUCUUGCAUACGGAGCUCCUGCAGAUACAUCCAAUGACUACCUACUGAUGGCAGAGUCGACAUGGACAGAGACUCUCUACAGAUUUUUCCGAGCUAUCAUAGCGGUGUUUGCUAAGGACUAUUUGAGAGCACCAAGAGAAGAUGAUACAACUCAGAUCCUGCAAAAAAUGCAGCAAGAGGAUUUCCUGGGAUGCUCGGAAGCAUUGGUUGUAUGCAUUGGGGCUGGAAGAAUUGCCCUUUUUCUUGGCAGGGGAUCCACAAGGGGCAUACUGCGCUCUCCGGUGUUUGCCAAGCUAGCUGAGGGACAAGCUCCUUUCGUGAACUUUGAGAUGGAAGCUUAUUUUGCAACAUGCCAGGAAGUAGCACGCGAGGAUGUUGAGCGUACUUUUGGGGUGCUUCAGCAGCGUUUUGCCAUUGUCAGGGUCAUGUUCUUCGGCUGGCUGCUCACCCAGUCUCGCAUCCACGCUCACCACGACGUUCUUCGCAAAACCAUUGUGAACGUGGCCGGAGCUGGGUGCCCUCUCUGCGAUGAUCCCUUGGAGACGGCGAGCCAUAUGGCGUUCCACUGCCUGGCCGCUGCUUGCUUGUGGGCGGCGGUGGGCGUCACAGUGCCGCCUGACGCCCACUGGAACCCCGACGGAGCGCCGUCAUACAGUACCAUGUAA